GAAGAUAUUGGGUUCGUUGCUUGUUUCAGUCUUUCGUCCAUCACGAUGCGCGUUCGCCUGGCACUGCUGGUGUUUGCGCUUCUCGAAGCGUCCGCUGCCAAGAAGUUCACCAGGUGCGAGCUGGCUUCUGCGCUGGUGAGGGGCGGCGUUCCCAAACCGCAGAUUCCUGACUGGAUCUGCCUGGCUCAAGCUGAAAGUAGCUUGAACUCGAGGGCCACAAACAGGAACAAAAAUGGAAGCACCGACUUCGGAAUUUUUCAGAUAAACAACGGCUAUUGGUGCAGUCCUGGAAGACACAACCUGUGCAAGGUAUCCUGCUCGGCCUUGCAGUCGGACAACAUAGGGCCGUCCAUCAAAUGUGCCAGGCAGAUCUAUAGGAGUUCUGGCUUCAAAGCAUGGUACGGAUGGAGAAACAAGUGCCGAGGAAAGAACUUGAGCUCGUAUGUCAAGGGAUGUAGGUACUGAUUUCUUCAAGGUCCUUGCGUAUCAAAGUUGACCCAAGGCAAUGAAGAUGAUGCGAGCCGCGUCUACCUCUACCUUUACCCACCGUUCUAGUCAGGCCAAGUUGGUGAUCAAGUCAACGCUCAUUUAGCUAAAUCGGCUUGCC